AUGUCAAGAACCCUUACGAUUCUCCUCCUUAUUGCAGACUCAAAGAAGCAUGUGGUCAAUCCUGUUGGCCAGUUACUUGGACUCAUACUUCUCUCGCCACCACCAAAGGUUCUACUUUUCAUACGUCAUCUCAAAAAUCCGCAUGGAUUAUCGACUCAGGACAUCCUCACAGGAAAGACGAUUGGUUGUGGUACUCGACGGGGCAAACUUUACUACUUAGACUGGGCAUCGGAUAGUGAGGUCAAGUGUGAUACGUGUGAAUUGGCUAAGAGUCAUCGUGUCCCGUUCCCAUUAAGUUCAAAUAAGAGUUUGAUUCUGUUUUUCCUUGUUCAUUCUGAUGUUUGGGGACUUGCUAAAAUUGCCACUCCGGCAGGGGCACGAUGGUUUGUCAUGUUUAUAGAUGAUUGCACACGCAUGACUUGGGUUUCCCUGCUCAAAACUAAAGGGGAAGUCAGUUCCAAGUUUCAACAGUUUUAUCAAAUGGUGGAGACUUAG